AUGAGGUUGGAGGACUGCAGCUUGUCAGAGAUCAGCUGUGAAGCUCUGAGCGCAGCUCUGAAGAACAACCCAUCCAAUCUGAAAGAACUGGUCCUGAGCAGGAACUACAAGCUGCAGGAUACUGGAUUUCUUUAUCUGUGUGAUUUUCUGAAGAGUCCUGACUGUAGACUCCAGACUCUGAGGUUUUGGAGGUGCAGUUUGUCAGAGAUCAGCUGUGAAGCUCUGGGUGCAGCUUUGAAGUUCAACCCAUCCAAUCUGAGAGAACUUAACCUGUGCAGGAACAAUCUGCAGGACUCGGGAUUUCUUCAUCUGUGUGAUUUUCUGAAGAGUCCAGAUUGCAGACUGCAGAUCCUGAGGUUAAAGAGAUGCAGUUUGUCAAAGAUCAGCUGUGAAGCUCUUGGCUCAGCAUUAAAGUCCAAUCCAUCCAAUCUGACAGAACUGAACCUGAGUGAGAACAACUUGCAGGAUUCAGGAUUCCUUCAUCUGUGUGGUUUUCUGGAGAGUAAAGAUUGCAGACUCCAGGCUCUGUGGUUGAUGAGCUGCAGUUUGUCAGAGAUCAGCUGUAAAGCUCUGGCUACAGCUCUGAAGAACAACCCAUCCAAUCUGACAGAACUGGACCUGAGUGUGAAUAAUAACCUGCAGGACUCAGGAGUUCUUCAUCUGUGUGGUUUUCUGGAGAGUCCAGACUGCAGACUGCAGACUCUGAGGUUGAUCAACUGCAAUUUGUCAAAGAUCAGCUGUGAUGCUCUGGUCACAGCUCUGAAUUUAAACCCGUCCCACCUGACAGAACUGGACCUGAGAAACAACAACCUUCAGUCUUCAGAUGUUCAGCAGCUCCACGAUCUGGUGAAGAGUCCAAACUCCAAACUGAAGACUCUGAGGUCAGUAGAGGGUUGGAGUCAGUCCAGCUGCUUCCAGAUGUUUGGUCCUAAAGUUAGUCUGAGAGCAAAGAUGCAGAGUUUCCUGUGAAGCUGCAGCUUCUCAGUGAAGCUCUGAG